AUGGAUGCUCGUGAUGGCUCCUUACCCACCACUUCAAAGCUCACUCUCUUUCUUCUUCUUCUUCUUCCGUUGGUCUCGGCUUUGACUCCCUUGCCAUCGAGUGGGUGGCCAUCGGACCCGACCGCCGGCUUCGAAGAGCUCCCAUUGAACCAGUCGAACCUGCACAUACAAAAGCCGUACGAUCUGCCAGUGAGCGCCCGGCACAGCUUCGUCGACGGCGUCCACAAGCUCUGGGUUUACUCCACUGACCACCCUCUCUCCAAGGGAAGCCCAACCAGGCCUCGCUCUGAGAUCUUCCUCAAUCAAUACAUAUACUACUCCGGAGUGUGGCAGUUCGAAGCGCACGGGUACGUGCCGUGCGGCACCUCGGGCGUGUGCAUCACGCAAGUCUUCGGAGCGCAGUUCCCUCGGAACACGACCCUGAUGCUCCGAGUCUACAACGGCUCGCUGUACUACUACCACGACACGGUCCUGGUUCCGAACAUCUACGACCGGUGGUUCAGGGUCAACAUCAUCCACGACGUGGCUGCGUCGAACCUGAAGGUCUACAUCGACGGUGAGUUCAAGUUCGAAACGAAUGGAUAUGGAGGAACCUUCCAUUACUUCAAAUGUGGAGUCUAUGCGCAAGGCAACGCUUCCUACUACAUGGAGUCCCGCUGGAAGGGAAUUAGGGUUCUGAAGAAGGUUGACUGA